CCCAAGAAGAAACGCUCAUUUCUCAAUAUCCCUCGCUCCAACUCCCAAUCCAACGAGGAGCAGACCCCAACCGGCACUGGACUCAGUGGCGCAACCGUGGCGGACUCGGAGAGCAUCGGUCGAGGCUCGAAGCGGAGCUUUUUGGGCAAGCGCCGGGCGGGGAGCACAGCGAGCAGUAAGCGGUCGCAGCAUGCCGCAACGUCGGAGAAGGCCGAGCCACCUCCACCAGUCCCGGCUGUAAUGGACGGCCGCGAAGGUUCGACACGGAGCAAGGCGAAGAAAUCCGGAGGGCUAUUGUCGUGUUUGCCAUGCUUUGCACCCAAGGAUGCCACUCCGGCUGGAGAAACCACGGAAAACGUCAAGAAAGUGGAAAAGGUCCAGCCCGCACGCAACUCGCAGCCUGUCCACAAGGCCGACCCAACGGCAGAGUCAAGUACUGCAGACUCCAAGGAGCCGCUGGAUGAAAAGAGUGCUGGUGAGACGAUGGCUGCUGAUCGUGAGGGGAUAUACGGUGAUGGUACGGCCGACACGCCAUCCCAACACGGUCCUCCCAAGAUUGUGACAAGAAGCUCGUCUAAGAAGCAAGCAGAUACGCCACUUCCUCCGCUACCAAACCAGCCCGGUACUUUGCAGACUGGACCGCAGAUCAGUGUCCAAGGCCCUACUCCUGGGACGACACCUGUGCACCCGAGACCUUCCCAUGAGCAACAGCAGAUAAUACAUGAUCGGACCGAUGCGCAGGAGGAGAAGGACCAGGACAUUGAGAUGAACGAUGUGCCUCUCGCGUCAACCGAUGUACGGCACGAAGGUGAUGACGCUUCUACGGAUGCCCAGAACGAGAUUCCGCCCAAGGUUGACCUUCCUCCGCCCCCACCGCUCGAGCAACGGCAGAUUGCCGUUCGUGAUCAGACCUCGGACACCAGCAUGUCUGAACCUCAACAAAAAUACCUUUUGGGUCCCAUAAGACCAGAGUUCAAGGGAAAAAAAUGCCUCGUGCUAGACUUGGACGAAACCUUGGUUCACAGCAGCUUCAAGAUUCUAGCGCAGGCCGACUUCACCAUACCUGUAGAGAUUGAGGGACAGUAUCACAACGUAUACGUGAUCAAGCGACCUGGCGUUGACCAAUUCAUGAAGAGGGUCGGCGAGUUGUACGAGGUUGUGGUCUUCACUGCUUCCGUAUCGAAGUACGGUGACCCUUUGCUUGACAUCCUCGACAUUCACGGUGUUGUUCACCACCGCCUGUUCCGUGAGAGCUGUUACAACCACCAAGGCAACUAUGUCAAGGACCUCUCCCAGAUCGGUCGCGACCUCAAGGACACUAUCAUCAUCGAUAACUCGCCCACGUCUUAUAUUUUCCACCCGCAACACGCGGUCCCGAUCAGCAGCUGGUUUUCUGAUGCUCACGACAACGAACUUCUGGAUCUGAUACCCGUGCUGGAGGACCUUGCCGGUGCCCAGGUUAGCGACGUUAGCUUGGUGCUUGAUGUUGCGUUGUAG